AUGGAGAAGGACCCGGUCGCCGAGUCGCCGGCCACAGAGCAUGUCGACCAGUAUGGACGACAAAUAGAGCUCUCACGUGUCAUGACCGCGUCGGACGAAGGAACCACUGUCGAUAAUGCUGUGGCGACAGAAAUUGAGCCAGAGGACGCCGAAGAGUUGAGACGUAUCGCCACCGUCUUUUCGCAAGCCUCUGGGGCUGGUGGUCAGCCUGCAGAUCUGUCUCAAGCCAUUUCUUUCAACAACGCCAGUGACGACUCACUGAACCCACAAAGCAAGAACUUUGAUCCUGCAAAAUGGGUCCAAAAUGUCGUCCGUCAAAUUGAAGGACGCGGUAUCCGUCCAGCUCGGACCGGUAUCAUGUUCAAGGAUCUCACGGUAUCUGGAACUGGAGAUGCUGUCCAAUUACAACAAACUGUGGGAUCUCUUGCAGCAGGACCACUACGACCCGGAGAGUUUUUCCAUUUUGGAAGUAAAGCACCUAAGAGGAUUCUCAACAAGUUCGACGGCCUACUUAGGCAUGGCGAAUUGUUGAUAGUCCUGGGGCGGCCUGGUUCUGGCUGCAGCACAAUGCUCAAGACCAUGAGCGGCGAGCUGAACGGGCUCAGCCUGGACAAAACCUCCACCAUCAGCUACGACGGUAUUCCUCAAACACGCAUGAAGAAGGAAUUCAAGGGCGAGGUAAUCUACAAUCAGGAAGUCGACAAGCACUUCCCACAUCUUACUGUGGGCCAAACACUUGAGUUUGCUGCUGCAGUGCGCACACCAUCUGAUCGUAUGGAAGGACUGAGCCGUAAUGAAUACUCAAAACUCAUGGCUCAAGUUGUCAUGGCCAUUUGCGGUCUGACACAGACAUACAAUACCAAGGUCGGAAAUGACUUCGUCCGAGGUGUGUCUGGAGGUGAGCGAAAGCGUGUCAGCAUUGCUGAGAUGAUGCUCGCCGGUUCUCCCUUUGCCGCAUGGGACAACAGUACCCGAGGUCUCGAUUCAGCCACUGCCCUCAAAUUUGUUCAAUCACUUCGUCUCUUUAGCGACCUUUUCGGAUCUGCCCACGCCGUUGCGAUAUACCAAGCCAGUCAGGCAAUUUACGACCUCUUCGACAAAGCAACUGUCCUAUAUGAAGGCCGUCAGAUUUACUACGGGCCCGCACAGGAAGCCAGAGCAUUCUUUGAACGACAAGGAUGGUAUUGUCCUCCACGACAGACGACGGGAGACUUCCUGACGUCAGUCACAAAUCCCAGUGAGCGCAGGGCUCGUGAAGGCAUGGAGAACAAGGUGCCACGCACACCAGAGGAAUUCGAGACAUACUGGCGCUCGUCCCCCGAGUACCGACAGCUCCAGGAUGACAUUUCCGGGCAUUUGGUAGAAUACCCACUGUCAGACGACGAAGACGCACUAGCGAGACACCCAAGCCAGACGCAGCACGAGACUCUGAAAGCGUUCCGCCAAGCCAAGAAGCACCGACAAGCCAAGCAUGCUCGCCCGGGCUCGCCAUACAUCAUCACAGUUCGCCAGCAGGUCAGCCUCAACGUGAAGCGAGCCUAUCAACGAGUUUGGGGAGAUAAAUCGGCUACAGUUGUCAAUGCCAUCAUGCAGGUGGUCAUCGCCCUGAUUAUGGGUUCUCUCUUCUACUCUCCGGUCAAUUAUGAAUCCACUGCUGGAUUCUUCUCCAAAGGAGCUGCACUUUUCAUCGCCGUCUUGUCAAAUGCCCUGAGCUCGGUCUCCGAGAUUAGCAGUCUGUACGCACAACGCCCCAUCGUCGAAAAACACGCCUCCUACGCUUUCUACCAUCCUGCCACCGAGGCCUUGGCUGGUAUCGUUGCCGAUAUACCCGUCAAGUUCUUCAUCUCCGUAUGCUUCAACCUGGUGCUAUACUUCAUGGCUGGCCUGCGUCGGGAACCUGGACAAUUUUUCUUGUUCUUCCUUGUCACGUACGUAACCACGUUCGUGUUCGCGGGUAUUUUCCGGACUGUCGCUGCCGCAACAAAAACGUCUUCUCAGGCUAUGAGUGCAGCUGGUAUCAUCAUCCUUGCUCUCAGUAUCUAUACUGGCUUCAUGAUUGCCGUCCCUGAGAUGAAGGUGUGGUUUGGUUGGAUCCGAUGGAUCAACCCGCUUUUCUACGCUUUCGAGAUCUUGGUCGCGAACGAGUUCCAUGGUCAUGAGUACAUCUGUUCCAGCAUCAUUCCCUCAUACACUCCUCUGGUUGGAGACUCAUGGAUGUGCAAUGCGGUCGGAGCUGUGGCUGGCCGUGCGACUGUCAACGGAGACUCUUAUAUCGAGACGAGCUUCUCUUACUACUAUUCGCAUGUCUGGCGCAACUUUGGCAUCCUAAUCGCGUUUCUGGUCUUUUUCCUGGCCCUUUACACGCUGACCACCGAGCUCAACUCUUCCAUGAGCAGCGCUGCAGAGUUCCUCGUAUUCCAGCGUGGACGUGUCCCAGCCUACCUCCAGAAGUCGGCCAACUCCAGCGAACAGUCACAGGAGACCCGUCCAGGCGGUGACGCCAUGCAGGAGUCUGGAGCUAAUGUCAAUGCGUUGGAGCCACAAACGGACAUUUUCACAUGGAAGGACGUCACAUACGAUGUCCAGAUCAAGACAGAGACGCGUCGCCUCUUGGAUCAUGUUUCAGGCUGGGUUAAGCCCGGUACGCUCACAGCACUCAUGGGCACCAGUGGUGCUGGAAAGACUACCUUGCUUGAUGCUCUUGCGCAAAGAGUCACAAUGGGAGUGAUCACUGGAGAUAUGCUGGUCAACGGAAAGCCUCUGGACGAAAGUUUCCAAAGAAAGACCGGAUACGUGCAACAACAAGAUCUUCAUUUGGAAACAUCCACUGUCCGAGAAAGUCUCCGUUUCAGCGCCCUACUUCGCCAGCCAGCCUCCGUUAGCACAGAGGAGAAGUACAAGUUUGUCGAGGAGGUCAUUGAGAUGCUUAACAUGGGCGACUUCGCCGAUGCGGUCGUCGGUGUUCCUGGAGAAGGACUCAAUGUCGAGCAGCGCAAGCUCUUGACUAUUGGCGUCGAAUUGGCUGCGAAGCCUAAGCUACUCCUCUUCCUGGACGAGCCCACCAGCGGUCUUGACUCCCAAAGUUCUUGGGCGAUUGUUGCCUUCCUCCGCAAGCUCGCCGACGCUGGUCAGGCCGUGCUGUGCACUAUCCACCAACCUAGCGCCGUCCUGUUCCAAGAAUUCGACCGGUUACUGUUCCUGGCCAAGGGAGGCAAAACAGUCUAUUUUGGCGAUGUCGGAAACAACUCGCAAAUCUUGCUCGAUUACUUUGAGUCCAACGGUGCACGGAAGUGUGGAUCCCAGGAGAACCCAGCCGAAUAUAUGCUGGAGAUCGCAAACGGGCAGACCACUGACUGGCAUUCGGUUUGGCUCAACAGUCGUCAGCGUUUGGAUGUCGAGGCCGAGAUUGACAGAAUAGCCACUGACAAGGGCCAAGAGCGAGCAGUUGAAGACAGCGGUGCCCACUCAGAAUUCGCCAUGCCAUUCAUGGCACAGCUUGUCGCUGUCACUAUCCGGGUCUUCCAACAGUACUGGCGAAUGCCUUCUUACAUCAUGGCCAAACUGGUCCUCGGCUUUGCUGCGGGUCUCUUCGUCGGUUUCUCUUUCUACCGGGGUGGUGGAAGUCGUGUCGGAAUGCAGAUGAUCGUAUUCUCGACCUUCCAGAUCAUCACCUUGUUCUCGACUAUUGUGCAACAAAUCCAGCCGCUCUUCGUCACCCAGAGGUCCUUGUAUGAGGUCCGCGAGCGACCAAGCAAGGCUUACAGCUGGAAAGCUUUCAUGAUGGCCAACAUCAUUGUUGAGAUCCCCUGGCAAAUCCUGACGGGUAUUAUCACAUGGGCUUGCUUCUACUACCCCGUGAUGGGCGCUGGCCAGAGCGGAGAGAGACAGGUCUUGGUUCUCCUCUUCGUGAUCAUGCUCUUCAUUUAUGCCAGCACAUUCGCCCACAUGACAAUCGCCGCCCUGCCCGACGCGACCACAGCAGGAGCCAUCGUCACCAUCCUCAUGCUUCUGAGCAUGAUGUUCUGCGGUGUCCUACAGACCCCCAGCGCGCUGCCCGGCUUCUGGACCUUCAUGUACCGCGUCAGCCCCUUCACCUACUGGAUUGCAGGCAUGGCCGCGACCAUGAUCCACGGCCGAUCCGUGACCUGCUCCGUAUCCGAGACGACCAUCAUCAACCCACCGUCAGGCCAAACCUGUGGCGACUACUUCUCCACCUUCCUGAUGGGCCCCGAGGGCAGCAUCGGCAACCUGCAGAACCCCAACGACACCAGCGCGUGCCGCUACUGCUCCCUCUCCAACGGCGACCAGUACCUGGCCGGCAGCAACAUCUUCUGGGACGACAGGUGGCGCAACUUCGGCAUCAUGUGGGCCUACUGCAUCUUCAACAUUUUCAUUGCCGUGGGCACCUACUAUCUCUUCCGAGUCAGGCCUACCCAGCGCGCUCGCGCCGCCAAGGGCAAGAAGGCGUAA